AGAAUCUGCUGGGUUUUACGACGGUGGGGAAUCUCGUGAGAGUAGGAGGGAAAGUGCCGCGAGACGAGCUGCCGGGCAGCGCGGCGGUGACAGAAACAAAGUGAGGCGGUUCAGGCGCGCCGCCGCCGCCUCCGCCUCUUCCCCCCCUCCUCCCAAGCGCGCGCGUGUGUGUUCGCUCGCUCGCUCUCGGGCAAUGGCCGCUCAGCCCCCGCGCUGGAGCCCCCUCGAGCAGGAGCAGGACCGCGACGUCCGGGCGCUGAUCCGGCGCCUGACCGGCCUCCGCGAGGCGCAGGGCGGCGAGGUGCCCGGCGGUCGCUUCCAGACGGCGCUGAUCUUCGCCUGGUCCAACUUCAGAUUUCAUCGGUUUCUUGAUGUAAGCAGUCACAAAGUAGAGAGGACGAUAGAGGGAAUUUAUGAAAAGCUGAUUGUUCAUUCAGACCUCAGUAAAGCUGCAAGCUGGAAAAGACUAAUAGAAAAGUUUCUGAACUCACCACUUCCAAGCACUGAAGAAACAAAGACAGAUGCUCAUUACGCCAUACUAUCUCUCCUACUGUGCUUGUCCGAUUCUCCUUCCAACACCAACUAUGUGGAAAAGCCAAGAGAUAAAGAAGUGGAAAAGGAAGAAGAAUUUGACUGGGGAAAGUACUUGAGGGAAGGUGAAGAAAUUGAUUUUGGUCCUGACAUAGACACACCAGAUUGGUCUGAAGAAAGUGAAGAGGAGGAGGAUGCUCAACAACCUCUGAGCAGGGAAGACUCUGGCAUUCAAGUAGACAGGACACCACAAGAAGAACAAGACCAUAACAAGAAAACAGUGUCUCAGGUCACAUGGAAAGUGGGUGAACCUGAUGCGCGCAGCUGGCUGGAACAGCAUGUGGUUCCUCAAUAUUGGACAGGAAGAGCUCUUCGUUUUUCUCACAGUUUGCACCUACAUUCCAAUUUAGCUGCUGUCUGGGACCAACACUUGUACAGCAGCGAUCCCUUAUAUAUGCCAGAAGAAAGAACUCUUGUAACUGAAACACAGGUUAUCCGGGAAACACUCUGGCUUCUUUCAGGGGUGAAAAAGCUCUUUAUAUUUCAGCUGAAUGAGGGAAAGGUGACUGUGAGAAAUGACAUUAUUGUAACUCAUUUGACCCAGAACUGCUUAAGAUCAGUAUUGGAGCAGAUAGCAGCAUAUGGACAAGUUGUGUUUAGGCUGCAGAAGUUCAUUGAUGAAGUGAUGGGGCACAGCUCAGAAAGUGUAAUACCUGGAACCAUUUCCACUCCCAAGAAAACUACAGAACCCCCAUUUAGAACCUACCAAGCUUUUAUGUGGGCCUUGUACAAGUACUUCAUUAGUUUCAAAGAAGAGCUUACUGAAAUUGAGAAGUGCAUAAUCAAUAAAGACAAAACAGUCACUCUUUCAAUAGUAGUAGAUAAGUUGUCACCUCGACUGGCACAGCUUAAGGUACUUCACAAAGUUUUCAGCACAGGGGUAGCAGAAGUACCGCAAGUACCACCUGACACUCGAAAUGUUGUAAGAGCAUCUCAUUUGCUUAAUACACUCUACAAAGCUAUUCUUGAAUAUGACAACGUUGGAGAAGCAUCUGAGCAAACAGUAUCCCUCCUCUUCUCUCUCUGGGUUGAAACGGUAAGGCCGUAUUUGCAAACAGUGGAUGAGUGGAUUGUCCAUGGUAACUUGUUUGAUCCUGCUAAGGAAUUUAUCAUUCAGAGAAACAAAAAUGUCCCAGUUAAUCACAGGGAUUUUUGGUAUGCUACCUACACAUUAUAUAGUGUGUCAGAAAAGAUGGAGAAUGAAGAGAAAAUGAGUGAUAAUGCCAGUGCCAGCUCUGGCAGUGAUCAGGCUCCCUCAAGUAGGCAGCACACAAUGGUCUCCUUUCUGAAACCAGUACUAAAACAAAUCAUCAUGGCUGGAAAGUCCAUGCAAUUGUUGAAGAACCUACAAUCCAAAGAUGAUUAUCCACGGCAAGCUGCAUCAAGAGAUGCAGAAAGAAAGAGUUUGUACACACUAUUUCUGGAGUCUGUGCAGUCCCGUCUGCGGCAUGGGGAAGAAUCUGUUCCAGAUAUUAUUACAGAACAACAAGCUACAAAGCAGAGUUUGAUAAAGAUGCAGUCUAUAGCAGAGAGACACUUAGAACUGGAUGAUGUUCAUGAUCCAUUGCUGGCUAUUAACUUUGCUAGGCUGUAUUUGGAGCAAAGUGACUUUCAUGAGACAUUUACUGGUGGUGAUGUUUGCGUGGAUAGAUCCUCUGAAUCCGUGACAUGCCAGACAUUUGAACUGACACUGAGGUCUUGCCUUUAUCCUCACAUAGAUAAGCAAUAUCUGGAAUGCUGUGGCAACCUAAUGCAAACUUUAAAGAAGGAUUACAGGCUGGUAGAGUACUUGCAGGCAAUGCGAAACUUUUUUUUGCUUGAAGCUGGGGAUACUAUGUAUGAUUUCUACACAUCUAUUUUUGAUAAAAUAAGAGAAAAGGAAACUUGGCAGAAUGUAUCAUUUCUAAAUGUUCAACUCCAGGAAGCAGUUGGACAACGUUACCCAGAAGACAGUUCAAGGCUGUCUAUAUCUUUUGAAAGUGUUGAUAUAGCAAAGAAGAAACUCCCUGUCCAUACCUUAGAUGGCUUAACAUUGAGCUACAAGGUCCCUUGGCCUGUGGAUAUAGUUAUAAGUUUAGAAUGUCAAAAAAUUUACAAUCAAGUGUUUCUUCUCUUAUUACAAAUAAAGUGGGCCAAGUAUAGCUUAGAUGUUUUACGAUUUGAUGAACUAGUAAAUGCUACCGAAAAACCACAGUUAAAGGAAGGACCUCAAUUAGAACAAGAGACAGUUCCUCAGUUUGGAUCACAAACAGAAUUUAUAAAACAACAAAUUCACCGCAUGUUCCUCUUAAGAGUGAAACUCAUGCAUUUUGUUAACAGCUUGCACAACUACAUCAUGACCAGGAUUCUUCACAGUACAGGUUUGGAGUUUCAGCAUCAGGUAGAAGAAGCCAAAGAUUUAGAUCAACUGAUUAAAAUUCAUUAUAGAUAUUUGUCUACAAUCCAUGAUCGCUGCCUGCUGAGAGAAAAGGUUAGUUUUGUGAAAGAAGCUAUAAUGAAAGUGCUGAAUUUAGUGCUGAUGUUUGCAGAUCGUUGGCAGGCUGGUUUGGGAGCUUGGAGGAUGGAAUCCAUAGAGAAGAUGGAAUCAGAUUUUAAAAAUUGUCACAUGUUUCUUGUAACAGUUAUAAACAAAGCAGUCUGUAGAGGCUCUUUUCCUCAUUUGGAGUCUUUAGCUGUGUCACUCAUGGCUGGCAUGGAACAAAGUUAACAAAAGACCAGAGUGCAUUGAACUACUCAAGAACUGAACUCCUGCAGCAUUCAUCUGCAACAUUAUUUAUUCAAAAUGAGCAUUUUAUACUGAAAUCCAUGUAUAUGUAGAUAAAUGGCAGUUGAUAUCAUUUCCUUUCAUUAACUGUUUGAAACUGUAAAAUGUUUGAAACUGUAAAUGGUGAUGUACAGUAUUUAAUGAGUAUUGGUUGUGGCUGUAUUUUUUUCCUGCAUGUUAGUAUGCUAUAACAUCAGAUUCAUACUGUCUUGUAAAAGUAGCUGAUUUGAAAAUACAUGAAAUGUUUCUUCUUGUGAAGAAGGAAUUACUCACUAUUUUGUUAAAUAGAGUAUUUGCUGAUUAAGUCUUUAAAAUAGUUUCCAUUAGUUUUGCAAGAAAUGUUAAAUACUUGCCAUUUUUAACUAGGAUCAAAAGCACAUAUGUAGAAUAUACUAUAACUGUGAAAAUGCGGAGUACAAGAAUACGUGUUCUCAGCUCCUUACCCUUCCCUGAUCUGCCCCUUCUCCAGCUUCCUAGUCUCUUGCAACCCAGCCUCUAAUACUGGUAGUUCUUCAAGUGUCUGUAAAUGUGGAUCUCACUCUUGGUGUGCAUGUGCCGCAUGCACAACAAAUCAGAAUCUUUUAACCAGCUGUGUUCUUUGGGAUCACACAUGUGCCCUGCAUAUCCUUGUGUUACCCCCUCUCGAGGGCAGAAAAGCUGGAGUGUAUUCAACUGCCACUCAAUUCCUUCUUACUACCUGCAAAGAAACAAUCUCUAAUCCUGGGACUAGCAGCCUUGUCCUAUCACCUGUUUUAAAUAAAUAAUAAAAAGAGCCUGUAGAGAUUGACUGAAAUGCUACUUUUCAUCUGUACUUCUGCUGAAAUACAGUCACAAACUUUGUAAGUUUUUUGGCUGUCUGAGCUCAGGUCAACGGUCUGCCAACCCUAAGCCUUUAGGCUUAAUAUUUCUAAGCUUUCUAACCCCCUUGGUUGCAGAGGAAACUCAGUAUUUUUUUUAAACAAAAGCUGAGAUUUUAAUGUAAUCACAUGACUCCAAGAGCAGGGGCUUUAAGAGCAAUACCAAAUCACGAGAAAGCUGGCAACACUGGUGUGUCAUACACGGGCAAACUGCUGGUGUCCUCUAGUAUGUUCCAUGUCAGUUUGUAGCUUAUUUUGGGAUGUUGUCUAAGCAAAAUGUAUACAUAUUACCACAGCUUCCCUUUUACUACUAUGUCUCAGACUUCUGGAGGGACCUCCUUUGAAGGUGGGGUGUCAUCACAGGUAAUUUGUACCUUCAUUCCACCUUGGUCUCUUCCCAUCAUGAUAUACCAUGCUCUAUAGUGUACCUAUAUUUGAUAUACUGUAUCUAUAAAUACUUGCUGCUUGUCCAGUUUAACAGCACUAGCCUUAGCAUGCUGUACUUGGGCGCUGAGGUCCAGCAGUUGCUUGGACUGGUUCAGGUAUAUUCAUAUGCUGUUUGGCCAUAUACCAAGUAGUUGUAUACUUUGCUUUCUGUACUUUAAAAACUUGACUGAUAAGA